UUGGAGGGGUGGUGUCGCUGAUGUUGCGCCGUCUGCCUGCCUGUCCGGAGGUGGUGGCUUCUUUGCCUCCGCCUGUUCGGGCAGCUGUUGACGGGGUCCUCGGUAGCUCCGCUCGAUCCUUUCCGCUGGGCCUCCGCGGCCCCUAGCGGAUGAGGCGAUGCAGCCUCCGGGUCCCCUGCAGCCUCCUCCCCCACCGCCGCCGCUCUAUGCCCCUAAUAACGGGGACUUCACCUUCGUCUCCUCGGCCGACGCGGAAGAACUUAGUGGUUCAAUAGCCUCUCCUGAUGUGAAGCUCAAUCUUGGAGGAGAAAGUGGAGAAUUUAUUAAAGAAUCUACUGCAACUACAUUCCUAAGACAGAGAGGCUAUGGCUGGCUUUUGGAAGUAGAAGAUGAUGACCCUGAAGAUAAUAAACCACUCUUGGAGGAACUAGACAUUGAUCUGAAAGAUAUAUACUACAAAAUUCGGUGUGUCUUGAUGCCGAUGCCUUCACUUGGAUUUAAUAGACAAGUAGUCAGAGAUAAUCCUGACUUCUGGGGUCCACUGGCAGUUGUCCUCUUCUUCUCAAUGAUCUCAUUGUAUGGACAAUUCAAGGUUGUAUCCUGGAUUAUAACUAUUUGGAUAUUUGGAUCCUUGACAAUCUUCCUGUUGGCCAGAGUUCUUGGAGGAGAGGUAGCAUAUGGCCAAGUUCUUGGAGUGAUUGGAUAUUCCUUACUUCCUCUUAUUGUAAUAGCACCUUUGCUCUUGGUGGUUGGAUCAUUUGAAGUUGUUUCUACUUUAAUAAAACUUUUUGGAGUCUUUUGGGCUGCAUACAGUGCUGCUUCGUUAUUAGUUGGUGAAGAGUUUAAAACUAAGAAGCCCCUGCUGAUCUAUCCCAUCUUCUUAUUGUACAUUUAUUUUUUGUCCCUGUAUACCGGGGUGUGACCUGCAGUAUCGGAUUGGGACAGGAACAAUAUCUUACUUACCAUGAAGACUGAUGAAAUGUCAGGUUAUACAGCCCAGCUGAAAGGAGAAAUGACUGUCAUACCUGGUUGUCAAGGUUUCAAAAAGUGGUAAACUUAAAAUAUAUCUCCAUACAUUUUUAAACAGGUUUAGUUAUGUUAGAGAUUUAUAACAGAGUUUUAGGUUUCAGUUUAUUGAACAAGAGGAAAAAAAGUGUGUUUAUAAGGUGAAGUAGCAGAAUUGCACCAGGGCCAGAUGAUAGGCAUAUUAAAGAAAGGGAAAUUCUGAU